AUUUAUGAAUUUUAGUAAUAAAUAUAUAAUUAACGUGUAUUUAUUUAUUACAUUUUAAUAUUUUCAACAAUUUACGAAAUCGAAAAUGAUUUUAGAAUUUUAAGGUAAAACGAAUUUGAAUUACGAAAAUCGAUUGAAAUUAGAAAUUUGGAUUCUAACAACUUAAAUCCUACUCCUAGCCCAAUUGGGAAAAGCCCAAACCAAAAAUAAAAAAACAAAACCCAAACCAAUACUCCCUUUUCUCUUUUCUAAUCCACGUAAAACCAAAGCAAGACAUACACUACUCCUUCAAUCUCACGUACAGCAAAACCCUCAACCUCUCAGCCGUUUUCUCUCCUCCUUCACGUCGUUGCUCAGCUGCCGGCCACCGUCACUUCAGGCCGGACCACCAUCGCCCUUUACCGCCGGUAAUCCUUCUUCGAUCUCCCUUUCGUUCUCCUUUCUCUUCUCUCUCUUUGCUUCAUUCUUUCCUGCUAUUGAAUUGCAGCAACCACCGCAACGACCCCCGCUUCCCACCAGCGACCAACCGCACCACCACCGACUGCCCAGUACCGGCCCCUGUUGCCGCGUCGCGUCGCCCAGUAGCUGCAGCCUCCCUCCUUUCUCUGUCACGCGCGAAAUUGCAGCUCCCUCUCUUCUUGCUUCUUGCGUGCACAACCACCACCACCCACAAGCGUCGCCAACCUCCGCGACCACCUGCACCGCCGUCACGCAGCCCGCCGUCAGCCAGCUCCCCUCCUAUCUCCUUUGGCGGAGAAUUCUUUGUAGGCGACUUUUGAAUUCGUUAAAGUGGCCUAUCAAUUUGUUUACACAAGUCUCUAAGGAUCAAUAAGCAUUGUCCAUCUGCAGGUUUGAAGAUGUUGCAUCAUUGGGAUCGGGAAUAGAGAGCUUGUAUUUAGUUUUGUUUUGAUAAGUUGACUUGGGUUUGUUUAAUCGGACUUUAAACUUGUCGUACUAUUUAUAUUUCCUUAUUUUCUUUUAUUGGUUUUUGGGAUUAAACCUGUAAUCGAUUAUUUAUAAACCUAAAGUUAGUUUUAUGUUUUCCGCUGCAAAAUUCUGAAUAAGCCGUUACGUUUUCACACGGGCGAUAAUGCCUUGAUAAUUCUCUACGUUUUAUAAAAAGGUUAUUUUAGAAAAGAGAGAAUUGUCGAGGUGUUACAAAGUGGUAUCUAGAAGCUAAGGUUUUACUUUAAAAAAAUUUUAGGCGCCUAACUAUCUAGUUAUUUAAAAUAAAUUUCUUAAAAAUCGAGAUUCUACGUAUUAUAGUGUUAAAAAAAUUGGUACUUUUUUUUGGGGGGCCGAUUUCAUUUUACCUUGUUUGAAAGUAUACGAUAUUCCUUAUUUACGUUCGAAAUCAAAUUAUUUUUCCAAGUUAAAGUGAUACUUUGGACAUUUUUAUUUUUUUUAUUAUUUAUUAUUCAAACAAAUAAAUAAAAAUAAUAUGAAUACAUUUUUUUUAAAAAGGAGUUCAAUUUUUUUUUCUUUUUAAAGUUGUUUCAAGAUUUAGAAUUCGUUAAUUAGGAAAUAUAAAUCUUUUUCGAAUUAAUAACUUUAUUUUCUAAUUUAUUCGCUACGCAUUUCCUUAAUUUAUUUUACUUUAUUUAUUUUAUAUUUUUAUUUAUGUUAUUAUUCUAUGUUAUAAUUUUCUUAUAUUAGCGUCCUUUUACCUUGUUAUUUAAAUUAUUUCAAUGCUUUAGCUUAUGAGAGAUGGGUAGUAUAAGAAGGGCAUAUAAGAUAGAAUUAUAUGUGCAUUAGUGGCUAGUCAACGCUAGCAUUAGAAAUUGAUUGUUAUGUACGUGCGUGUGCUAAUUGUUUAAGUGUUACAUUUACAAGUGCAUAAAGAAUUGUUUGAUUCCACCAAACUUAUCGAUUACUGAACCUUGUUUAUGUUUUGGCUGGAAAAUCGUUAGUGAGACCUUGAAUUGUUUAUUUCAGGAAUAAAAUGUUUCUUUCCAAGUAUACCAAUAUAGGAUCCUUCGAGAAACUUGAUAUAGAAACCCCAGAUAUUUAUGUGAAGAAAAUUGUGUUUGGAUGUGAAUAUUAUGCUAAGGUUCAAGGGCAACCUAUCUUAAUGAGAAAGGAUAUCAUAGCAGCCACUAUCAUUAAUUGCUUACCUAACAAAUUUCCAUACCUAGAACUCAAGGAAAAGUUUAAAGACAUGCAUUCUGAUAAUGGAACUCCAAACUUGGCUAAGUAUGGAACUUGGGAUGGUAGAUGGAAAUAUGAUUCAGAAAUUCUGACCACCAUUAUUGAAGCGGCAGAAAGUGGGUUUAGAGACGGUAAAAUCGUAGGGAGUCAUGUUGGGGAUUCAGUUACAGAAGAACCUAUGGGAAUUAGUGUAAAUAAUGACCUAGAGGAAAAUGAUGUAGCUGUGGAGAAUGAGAAUGUAGGUGUUGAGGCAGAGAAUCCUAACCCAGCGGCUCAUGAGCCAACCAUUGAGAUCUCUAGUGAUUCGGAUGCAGAGCUCGAAAGUGAACAGGAGAUGGCAAGUGAGCCUAAUCAAGAUGAAGACAUGGGUGAAGAUGCAAACCCUAAGGAAGACCCCGAUGAAGACCCUGAAGAAGAGUUCGAUAAUCUUGAGAUCUAAAUUUCACUUCGCAAGUUUCAGGAGCAAUGGAUAGGCAAGAGGCCACAAAUAUUUUGAAGUCAUAAAUAGUUAAUUAGCUCUUUUAUGUUUUGAAGAAUAAGUAGCAAAGCUACAACUGUUUAAGGUUUAAGUUUAUUGAAGUUUGAAAUGUUUUUUAUUAUUUUCAAGGAUGUAAUAAACCUCUAUGGAGUUAGCAAUAAAAGUUAAAGUUUUCAAGGAAUUGUUCUUUAUUCUAUUUUGAGGAUUCCAUAAUACCCCAACCUCUAGGUAGUACGUCGUGGAUUAAUCUUCCUAUUGGUUGCAUACUCAGUGUGAAUGAUGGAUCAAUUUAA